AUGGCUGGCGACGGAAAAUUUACAUAUCGCGAUGGUAUUGCGGUAGCUCAAGUUGUUGCCUUCUCGGCACCUCUGUUAUUUGCCGUUUACUCCAAAUAUACUCGCCGAAUUGGCUGGUUUUGUAUCGGCGUUUUCUCCCUCCUCCGUCUGAUUGGCGCCAGCUGCAAGUUAGCAACUAUCAAUAAUGACUCACGCGGACUCUCAGCUGCGAUAUUCGUUUGCGAAUCUCUCGGAAUGAUUUUAAUCACCUUCCUGUUGUUAGAGAUGCUCGAGAGAAUUAACAAAACUGUCACGGUCACUGUGAAGCGUAUAUUUUGGGUUCCUUACGUCAUCACCUGGAUCGAUAUUGGUAUUUCCAUCGGCGGAUGGGUCUCUGUCAUGCAUGUCGAAAACCCAUUGGCCCCAACAUCGUGGAGUCAAGCGAGCAUAUCCUUGCUGGCAGUUAUAUAUCUCUACUUCGUCGGAGUUUUCGUUCUUUUCUGGCUGCGAAAGGCAGAAUACUUUGAGGAAGAGCGUUGGGCACUGGCUGGUGUUGCAUUUUGUGUACCACUGCUUGCGGUACGGGUUGUCUACUCUCUCAUUUUCAUCAUCACUGGCAAUAUGGCGUUCAGUACAAUGAAAGGCAACCCGACCGCAUAUUUGACUAUGACCAUGCUACCAGAGGUAGCCAUUAUUGCUGCUUGCACAUAUAUCAUUGCGACCAGGAUUUCUCCGCUAGUUGAAGGCAAGAAUAAAAGCCAACAGGGUAAUGGAGAUGAAGAAAGUCAACGACGGCUCUCCAUCGAAACUUGA